GAUUUAUGCUCACCUCUAUUCGUUAUUAUGCAAGUUAUUGUUAGUUUGUUUACUUUCCUCUUGAUAAAAAGCUUGCAAAUUAAGGUCAAUUGCAACUGAUUUCGAAUAAAAGAAAAAAAGUGGUAGCAAUCAAACAAUAAAAAUAGAGUAAACAUUUUUUCUAAAUUUUUUAUUGGGAAUAAUAAAAGUGCGUACUAAGCGUACAUAUGAAAUUGGUUUAAAAUGGAUUCUUAUGAUGACUCUACAGAAUUUAACUUAUCUCGGCCGAAAAGAUCGUAUAAUUUUGACAUGUCUAUUUUCGAUCAGGAAUUCAAAUUUGGAAACUUCGAUGUUCAAGCAACCGAAGACUCGAAUUAUGACUUGCUUUGUGGUAAUAUUAGCGCCACUACAGCAGGACAAUCAUUUUAUGAUCGCGAAGCUUAUCCAAGCAAGGAAUGCAAUCAAGACAAGAGACCGAGCAUAUCCGGAGGCAGUAUUGAUGAUUACGACGAUGAGCCACCACUGUUAGAAGAGUUGGGAAUAAAUCCAAAUCAGAUUUUUCAAAAGACAUUAGCCGUUUUAAAUCCAAUGAGAGCUGUUCAUCAGCAAAUACUGCAAGAUACUGAUAUGGCUGGGCCACUAGUUUUUUGCCUUGCUUUAGGAGGUUUCCUAUUGCUAAACGGCAAGGUUACGUUUUCUUACAUUUACGGUAUUGGGCUCAUGGGCUGUAUUGGCUUUUACAUCUUGCUAUCUCUAAUGGCAUCAAAUUCGAAAGUAACAUUUGGUGCUGUGGUAUCUGUGCUGGGUUAUUGCUUACUACCAAUGGUCCUUUUGGCCGGAAUUAACGUCCUCCUUACCAUACAGAAAGCCAAACAACAAGGGAUUUUGUAA